AUGGCGCUGACCAGAAGACGAAUAACUAUUGAAGAAAGUCCUUGUAGUUUGUGUGGAACAGGGGAUGAGGAUGUUAUGCAUUUGUUCACCGGGUGUGGUUUUUCGUUUGGAGUAUGGUCUAUUGUGGGUCAGUGGUGCAAUUUCACACAUAUUUUGGCGUUUGAUUUUAGCGAUUUGUUGCAGAUUCACGAGAUGGUAAAAGGAGGUAAGUGGGCGAAGAAAGUGAUUAGGGGGAUCAUCAUGGUUACGUGCUGGGCGAUAUGGAAGAGCCGGAAUGAUAAAGUAUUUAGGGGGAUUACUCCAAAGGUGGCGGAGGUCGUAGCUACGGUUAAGUCUUGUUCUUUCUUGUGGUUAAAAAGUAGAUCUAAUUUUGCUAACAUUGUUUGGAAGGAUUGGGUGUUGAAUCCGUUGUAUAUGUUGUAG